AUGGAGUUAUGCCUUUUAAAUGCAGAGAAUAUCCCAGACGGGUGCCUGCUGAGCGUUAGUGCAGGUGGAUCUCGAAGACAGGCAGCUUUAGCGCCCAAGCAGAAGUUCGCGUUCUCCAAUGCCUCCACCGCUGCAGCCGUGGCAGCUGGCGGCAGCGGUCUGAAGGUGGACUUGCUCUCAGUGCAAGGCAGCGCAUGCGUUGCCAGCUCUGAGCUUCUACCUGGGCUGCAGAAGGCUCUCGGUGCCGGUGCCGGUGCUGAAGGCAACAAGGAUGGGCACCAGAUUGAGGUCAUAGUGAACCCCCCUGGACCGCAUGGUGCGGUGGAAGAGGAGUUCACCAUGAAGUUGAACUUCAACAUCAAGCCCACCUCCAAAGAAAGGGAUGGUGCAGAGACCUCCCGCUUGGCGUCUAGUGUGAACACAGCGCGGACUGAUUUGGAGGAGCGUCACCUGCCGACGGAUCUCUUGAAGCAGUCCGCCCUGCUGGACCGUGCAGGUCGGCUGGACACCACAUUGCGCACAAAGCAAGCGAUAUCCCAUGUGGUGCAGGCCCUCCACACAGACUGCGAAAAACUUGCGCACUGCGUUUGUCCUCGUAUCACCGACGGCGACUCGCCGAAAGUGCUGGAAAUUGACUUGAACGUGGUGAGACCGCUCUGCGCGGAUGGCAUCCCUGACGAGGCGCCUGUGCUGCGUGCCGCUCUCUGGAAGCUACUGCUGGGCUACCUGCCUUGUGAUGCCUUCCGCUGGGACGCGGCUCUGGCCUCGGCCAGGGCUGACUAUGCCACCUUCCUUCAGGAGCUGCAGUCCGAGCUGCCGCAAGUGCUGGCCCAGGAGGGGGAGCGACCCCCUGGCUGGCCUGAUGAUGAAGACCACGUGGUCCCGCUGUCCGAGGUGCUCGAGCAAAUACGCAAGGAUGUCAUGCGCACGAGGCCAGAGAUGGACUUCUUCUGUCGCACGCUGCCGGCCCGCUCGGCAUCUUUGGGCGGGAACUCGGACAGCAACGAGGACGGCCGACAGACCUUCGACCCCUCCGAGGUCACAUUAGCUGUUACCAGCAGAGAUCCUGAGUGCAUUGACGUUAUGAGUCCCAAGAGCCACUAUGACGUCUUGGCGCGGAUCUUGCUCCUUUAUGCCAAGCUGAACCGCGGCGUUCGGUAUGUACAGGGCAUGAACGAGCUGUGUGCGCCGCUGUAUUAUCUGUUUGCGCAAGAUCCUCUGAACUUCCAGUAUGCAGAAGCAGACACUUUUUUCUGCUUCAGCCUGCUGAUGUCUGACAUGCGAGACACCUUUGUGAAGACCAUGGACAAUGAGGAAGGUGGCAUGAUGGGGCGCAUCGACCAAUUCAGUGAGCUUCUGAAGGAGAAGGACCAAGAGGUCUGGAAACAUCUGGAAGAGCUCCGGGUGUCCCCUGUGUACUACACCGUUCCGUGGCUGACAUUGAUGUUGACGCAGGAACUCGACAUGGCUGAUGUGCUGCGGCUGUGGGACUCACUGUUAAGCGAUCUGGCUCGGCCGCACCCACUCCUCUGCUACCUUUGCGUCGCGAUGGUCAUUGGCAUCCGGGAGGUGCUUCUUGCUGGAGACUUCACGGACUGCAUGCGGAUGCUUCAGCACUAUCCCCCAGUGCCAGUGGACGAGCUGCUGCAGGGGGCGCUCAGGCUUCGGGCAGCGGAUCGAACGGGUGUUGGCUUCUCCUCCAGCGACUGGGAGGCAGCUGUUGCGGAAUCGGGGAAGAGGUCGUACUUAGAUGACCACAACAUCCUCAACUUCGUGGAGCGGGUCCUGCGGACACUGGUGCAGGACUACGGCGCUCUUGACCGGCCAUCCGACCCUUGGGGUGCCAUCGCAGCUCUACUUCCGGAGGCUGCCGCAGCGGGCGCCAUGCCAGAGUCCAUCAAGCCUGACGGACCCUUAGAAAAGCUCGAGGAGGAGAGAGAGGAGGUGAAGCAGCCCGAGUGGAACAUGAUGCCAUCUGUGGGAACAUGGUACAUGAUCCCCACACCUGUGGCGAAGCCUCAGAAGGAUGCCGCGCCACCUCCAGCAGAGGUUCAGGAGAUGCCUCUGUCCACGCGAGGGGAGGAGGUGGAGCACGAGCGCGCUGUCGCGGGACAGUUUGUGGAAGACCUCGUGCUUGCUGUUCGAGGCACCUCCCCUAUGUUCAGCGCUGCAGAAACGGAGGUUGGCACCAGGCAUCAGCCUGCAAAGCAGUCCGCGGUAGCAAAGGCAACCGAGGCCUGCGCCUUCUCCAAUCAGCCCUGGCAUAUGCUGGCUUCAGUUGGGACGUGGUACAGCCCGCUGAGACCGACGCCAGCGACAGAGGAUGCGCCGAAGGAAUUUCAGGUUGAAUCUGCCGAGGUGCCUUACCAGGCGACACAGGAGACGGAGUGGCCGCAGCUGCCCUCCGUGGGUACCUGGUUCACGCCGAUCGAGGAGCUGCCCGUCGUGCAUGAGCAGGUCGUGAGCGAAGCUGCGGGCGACAAUGUCAAGGCCAUGGAAGUGACAUCCGCCCCGCCUCGACCACUCAAGGGCACUGGCAUCAGCUCCAGUACCAUAGUGGCCUUUGUCUUGCCGUCAUUGGACUUCGAGCAGCUUGUUGCAUCGGACCAAAGCAGCAUUUUGGUAGAGGAGGUCAAAGCUCCCAUGAACCAGUUUGCAGUCCGUUCUCUGCGCGUCGAACUUGGUGCGGCUGAACCGGAUGGCGUGGAGAUCAGGAUGACCAUCAAGAAUGGUUCAUCCAGUGAAGCCAAGGCGUUGAAGGCACAAAUUCUCCAAGCAGAGGAAAGCUUUCUAGCUGAGGUUGAACAGAGGCUGGCAUCCGCUCAGCUGUUACCCACAAGCGCGUCCUUCAAAGCGACAAAUCUUCAGGUUAUGGUUCGUCACACGGCAUCCUUCGAAGAAGGCCCUGUCGACGGGCAUGCGACAGCCUCCACCAUGGCGCCAGCCGCGACAACAAUGUAUGCAACUGGCAACGCGAUGAGUUCUGCCAUGCCAACUGAAUCGCAGUGGGCCACCACCUUCGACACUUCCGCGGAGGAGCCGUCGCCGCCUGCCUUGCCUGAAGCCACCGAGGCAGCAGAGGAGCCGUCACAGCCCGCGCUGCCACAGGAGGACGGCAAACUUGCAGAGACGGAGGACGACUUCAUCCCCAAGCUGCUGUUGGAUCCAUAUGCCAUGGAUGAUGGAACAGGCACCAGUCCCAUCCAAAGUGCAGUGUCUGACGGGCGCCUCCGCAAGGAGCGAGAAGAGGCAGUGGCUGCUGCAAAACGGCGUGCUGCCAAGGCUGCAGCUGCCAACAUCCCAGACUUCUUGGUGGAUCCCUACGCUCUGGAUGAUGGUACCGGAACAAGCCCAAUGCAGAGCGCAGUGUCGGACGCGAGGCUACGACAAGAGCGACAAGAAGCCCAAUUUGCCACUAUCAGACGAUCAGCCGAGGAGGAGUUCUCCAGGGCCGAUGCCAACAACGAUGGCGUUAUCACUGCGACGGAAUUCGCGGCCUGGGCAUACACCAAAGAUGGAACUUCAGAGGUUGAGCUGGCCACAGUGGCAGCUUCCUUUCAGGCUAUGGAUGCCAACCAGGAUGGCGUUCUGUCGAAGGAGGAGUUCGAAAGCUACUAUAUGGCCAAGGCAGCUGAGGAGCUCCCAACGCCAUCAGAAGGUCAAGUUCUGGGUGCAGAGGUGACAGAGGCAGCACUUGAGUCUGUGGCCCAUCAGCUGCUCACCGACAUUGCCAAGAAGGCGGAUGACCACGCCAGCUACGCAAGUGGCUUGAUGUCCGACAUCCAGGAGGGCUUCCUGCAGGCAGAGCUGGCCAAUGCCCUGCAGGCAGCGACAAACCGUGCGGCGAGCUCUGUGACUGCUUCGAUAGCAGGCAGCGCUGCUCCUCUUGGAUCUGAGGGCAGUCUUACUGUGGCUGAGCAGAUUGCAGCUGCUGCAAUGGCAGCUGCCGCUGCACCGCCGUCCACUGCAGCAACGGACAGCAACAUGUCGCAGGAUGCCUUUGAGAUCCCCUUGGCGAGCUUCGCCACCCUGGGAGCAACUCCAACAGUGGUGUCUAUCGAAUCCGCCAGAAGUCCUGGUGGUGCUCCACAACCAGUUAUGCCGACAGAGGACCGAACCCCGUCGGCAUCAUCUGGACCAGGCGAUGCCAAGGAAUUGGGGGCAGAGAUGGCCGCCAAAGACUUGGUGACGGACAUCACCAACGAACAGGGCUUUUUGCAAGCAGAGCUGGCCGACGCUUUGCAGGCACUGCCGUAG